CUCCUUCAUUUGCAAUAAGGAUUGAGGGAAGACAAAGGCUGUAGAUGGAGUCUUUUAUCAGCUUGUAUGUUAUGGAUGUUUAGUGCUCGCUAAACCACCAUUCGCAGGAAUUAUUAAUAAGAAAUUUGUUAACUUUUGUGUAUGACAACAAAGAAGAUCACGUAAAAAGUGCCAUCCGGCCACAUACGGACUGGAUCUCAAAGACAAGAAGAAUAUCAAGGGCACAUUACGCUCCCUUUGUCUGUGUAACAAAGCACCUUGUGCAUAUUCACAUCGGCGGAGCCAAAGAGUGAUUGAAAUCUUUUGUUCUUCGAUGCUGACAUCAUAAAAGUGGGAUGAAUGGAGGAAUAAUUGAACUAUAAUCAAGACAGCACACCCUGUCAUUUGAAGAGCUGCUUUUUGGACCCGUCUGACCUACGGGAAGAACGUCAGGAAAAUUUUCGGGAAUAAGUCAACCCGGAAUCAAGCUUUCGCUUGUGUCCUCCAGCCCCCGCAUUGCCUGUUCCAGACAAGCAGUGAGUUUUCAGCAGCAGUGCUUGGAGUCAGAUUACAUGCAACCAUUCCAAUGGUGUAACGGCUGCCUCUGUGGUCUAGGGCUGCAGCAUUCAGACUGUGAUAUGUCAGAGGAAGACAUCUACCGUCUGCCGCUCAACGUCUACGUCAUUGUACUGGGCAUAGGCAUGUUCAUCUUCAUGCUCAGUGUAAUCUUCUGCUGCUAUCUGUUCAGAUUGAAACAGCAAGGUACAAGGGAGCAGUACAGCUACAACGAGGUGGGCCUAAAACAAUACAGUUCGAUACCGUUUCACCGUUUGUAUCACUCCACUUGCUGUAUUUCUCACAGCGAGUGUCAUGGUGGACACCCAAAUGCACUGUAUGUACUGGGCGUGUGCCCGUGUUCACACACCUUCCAUAAGAAGUGCCUGCUGAAAUGGCUAGAGAUCCGCAGCGUCUGCCCGAUGUGCAAUAAACCCAUCAUGCGUCUACACAACGCUGAUGCCCCGCGAGGAGCCGAGGGGCUGCAAGACCCUGAGGAGGUGUAACCCCAGAAACUGUACGGCCUUCGGCCAGAUUAACACCCUCUAGUUCUGCGAUUGUUGGAACAUAUCAUGUGACCUGCCAAGGCUUUCCAAAGCCAUCUAUAUGCACCGCCACAGC